CUUAUAAAACAUUUCUAAAUUCUUCAAAUAUUUCUAAAAUAUAUCGGGCCAAAUACAAAAUAUUUUUUUUCUAGAUACAAAUAUUUCUAAGAUCUACAGAUAUAAUGGGUCAGGGUCGACAUCACUAGUAUAUGAACCAAAAAAGUGGCUUAUUAAUAAAAUAAAUAUAUUAGAUGUUAAAAUUUAUAAUUUUUUUCCUACAACUUUUAAUGACCUGACUCGACACCCCUCUCUUCUUGGUUUAUAUCGAUGAAUUUUCUCUUUCCAAAUUUUUGGCCAUAUUGGGUUUUUACCUCUGCAUGUAUAAACGGUGGCUACUCAUCAAUGCAAUUUCUAUGUAUGAUAUCAACCUAUUAAUAUUUCUUCCGUUCCAUUUUAAUAAUUUGUUUUUGUAGAAUUUAAAAGUAAUAUAACAAAAUGAAUUAUAAAUUUGAAAAGAAAGAAUAACACUUUCAGAGUUUUAUAAUUGUAGGCGUCAAUCCUAUUCUCAUGGAAAUUCAGUUCUUUUCAACAUAAUAAUUAUACUGAGAAGAGGAACAUCGCUAAUGUGUUGAAUCAGUUUUUCACUCGUACAUUAAUUUGUGUUACUUUCAGUUUUAAGGUGCUUGUCUCUUUCACUGUUGAAAAACAAAAAAAAAGUCUUCUAUUCUGUCAAUUUGUAAUAUGUUCUCAACAGAAAAUCAUUAAUAUAUACAUUUUCAGAAAAAAAAAAUAUGAAGGAAAGAUAGAACACUAAAAAGACAGUUACACUUGCUUGUAGCUUAAUUAAUUGUCUUGAACCAUUCCGGGUAGUGAGUGUAACAUACGGCUUGACUGACUUUGCCGUCAAUUAUUUCAAUUACGAAACUGAUAAGUUACUAAUUAUACUCCAACUAAGUCAUUAUAUCAAGUUUUCUCUUUUGAACCCUACAUUAUUGUGUGAAAUGAAGAAUGUUAUGCUGGUAGUUUUAAUUCGAAUUUCCAAAUUCCGAGCACGAAUGUACAACACACGAUACUUAGAUGACAAUAAAAUAAAUAAUUCAUAGUUAUAUAUUGAAAAAAUGAUAUAUCGUGGUGCAUUCUUUAAGCAAAAUUAUAAAUUUUAAGUUAAUUUAAUAUAUAAUAUAGUAGUAUCACACUAAUUUUUCAUUCUAUCCAAAAUGAUAUAAGGAGGUACGUUUUAUUAAUUAGAAAUACAUGUUAGUCUGUUACAAUGCAUUUUAUUAACAUAAUACUAAAUUAGUAACAUAGUGGUAUAAUUGUGUUGAUUCGGUCCAAUAUAUCUUUGAUAAUUAUACUAUUACUUUAAUCCGUCGAGACUUAUAUUAUUACUAUCUUUAAUAAAACACGAGCUAACGAUAAUACGCUAUCUUUUCAUUUCAUGCAAUAAUGUUGAGGGGACGUCUUUUUCCAUGACCAAGUCAACUCAUAUAAUUCCAAAAUUCCCAAAUUUUCCAUCACUACUUUCCUUUUCACCUUUUUUCAAUACUUUCCUCUUUCUCCUCCUCUUCCUCCAUUUUCUUCCCUCCAUUUUCUCACCCCUGCACUAUUCUUUUUUUCUUUUUUUCCUCUUUUGGUUGUUUUUUCACUUUGCUCCCCAUCAUUUCUUUGCUCGGGAGCCCUUUUCAGGCUGCUCUCGAUCGGCCCUUUUUUUCCGUUUCUUGAAUUUCUUCCCCUGUUUUUCCACAAUGUUGUUGUGAACAAGAACACAACUUUUUUUUUUUAUUGUUUCUUGAUCAAGGAAACCUGUAUAUUCGUUUCUGUUUUUUUUUUUUCCUGAUAAAAUUAAGAAAGAAGAAGAAAAAUUGGUGUAGAUAAAAUACAUAUAUAAAUGGAUAUAGCCUCGCAGUUGAAGAGAGGGAUUUCGCGGCAAUUCUCAACUGGGUCGUUGAGGAGGAGCGGGAAGCUGAGUUUUAAGAGGCAGAACUCGUUCGAUCCGAGGCGGAAUAAUUUGAGGUUCAGUUUUGGGAGGCAAUCUUCGCUUGAUCCGAUUCGGAGGAGCCCCAUCAGCGAUGAAGGGAGCCAGCUGGCCGUGCCGGAGAAUCUGGAUUCCACGAUGCAGAUGUUGUUCCUGGCUUGCAAAGGUGAUGUGGAAGGGUUGCGAGAUUUGCUUGAUGAAGGUGCGGAUGUGAACAGCAUUGAUUUGGAUGGACGGACUGCUUUGCACAUUGCCGCCUGUGAAGGAAAUGUGGAUGUUGUCAAGCUUUUGUUGAGCAGAAAAGCUAACAUCGAUGCCCGUGACCGAUGGGGCAGCACGGCUGCAGCUGAUGCCAAAUACUAUGGGAACAUUGAAGUUUACAAUAUUUUAAAAGCCCGAGGAGCCAAAGCUCCGAAAACCAGAAAGACUCCAAUGACCGUCGCUAAUCCUCGGGAAGUACCAGAAUAUGAACUCAAUCCCAUGGAUAUUCAAAUCCGCAAGAGCGAUGGUAUCUCUAAGGGAUCGUAUCAAGUAGCUAAAUGGAAUGGUACUAGAGUUUCAGUGAAGAUAUUAGACAAGGAUAGACAUUCGGACCCUGAAACAAUAAAUGCUUUCAGACACGAGUUAACUGUAUUAGAAAAGGUCCGGCAUCCGAAUGUUAUUCAAUUUGUUGGGGCUGUCACUCAAGAUAUACCUAUGAUGAUUCUGCUGGAGUAUUCAAGAGGUGAUCUAGCUACCUAUCUUCAAAAAAAGGGACGUUUAAGUCCAUCCAAAGCCUUAAGACUUGCUCUUGAUAUAGCCAGGGGCAUGAACUAUCUUCAUGAGUGUAAACCCGACCCAAUUAUCCAUUGUGAUUUAAAGCCAAAGUGCCAGAAAUAUUUUGCUGGACUGCGGAGGUCAGAUGAAGGUUGCUGGUUUUGGAUUGAUCAGAUUGUCUAAUAUAUCACCUGAUAAAGCAAAACUUCUGCAGCCUGAGAUGCUUGACCGGUCAAGUUUUUACUGGGCGCCUGAGAUUUACAAGGAUGAAAUAUUUGACAGAAGUGUGGACGUAUAUUCUUAUGGUGUUAUGCUUUAUGAGAUGUUGGAGGGAAUUGCACCUUUUCACCCUAAGCCUGCUGAAGAGGUGGCUAAGAUGAUGUGCUUAGAAGGGAAAAGACCAACUUUCAAAUCAAAGAAAAGUUAUCCCCCAGAGCUAAGAGGGUAAGUUCUAUGUAACAUUUUGCAUCGAGUCUCAGCAGUUAAAAGACCUUUAGAGAAUUAGUGCAAAUCAUAGAAUGUUGAUAAUGGUUAAAGUGGUUAUGUUAGACUAAAUAACUUUACUGGUUUUUUUUGGCUACCUAAGUUGAUAGCGUCUAUGUUUGUUUCGUUUUUUUAGUGUGUGUUUUUAGGUGUUUUUUGUAUUGGGAAUGUAAAAAGGUGUGUUGGAAAUGUAAAAUGGUAUGCUGAGAUGGGACAGUUAUUAAUAAAAUAAAUUGAAAAAACCAUCAAAAAAAUCAAACAAACAGAGUAACUUUUCCAGUUUGCUUGUCAGCUUGUGAAACAAUAAUAAUUAGCUUCUAAAAAGCCUGAUGGUGGUGGUUCUCUCCUUUGCAUAAAUAUUCUCCUGUCAUAUUUACCCCAGCCGAGUCUGCAGUUGCAAUGUUUUCCAUGUGUCUUGGAUAUUCACAUGGUACACUGAUGAUUUCUGUGGGUAACAAUUUUCUUGUUCAGGUUGAUUGAAGAAUGUUGGAGUCCAGAAUCUGUCAUGAGGCCAACCUUCUCAGAAAUAAUAGUACGGAUGGAUAGAAUCGAUGCUAACUGCUCCAAACACGGAUGGUGGAAAGACACUUUUAAGCUUCCCUGGUAAGAUUUACACGAAGCAGUCACAAUUCUAAAACCAUCUCACGUUUUCCCUGCAUUAUGAUUUCAACCUCUUUCUGCAUGAUGCACUUAUCUAAAGCUAACUGGCACGCCAUGAUUGUUAGCCCCUAAGCUGGUCAUUCAUUUUCCGGGUUUUACUCUGGUUUUAAGGUUCAAGGCUCGAACUAAAUCAAAGUUCAGUUGUUACGUCCCUCCCCAAGGUCGUCAAGCAAACAUUCUUACUGCCAGAAACAAAACUACGUAAAGAUACCAGCUUUUGCAGCAGAUUUUGAUUUUGAAUGCCGGGAAAACAUGCAAAUGAUGCUAAUUGUUUCUAAAAUACUUGACAUCAUCGUGCUUCUAUAUGUUAUGCAUUUGCUCAGCUUUGUUUUCUGGGUUCAUCAUAAUUGUCAAUCUCCAUGCAGGUUGUAGUGGAGGACCUCUUCAAAGCGACGGUAAUUUGACGGGGUCUCUUCGAUAUAUACCUGGAAGGGUUUUGAGCAAUUUGUACCUAGCCAAUAAACCCUCGGAAACCAUAGGUUGGCUGGGCUGGAGGAUAUUUUGUGCACUACAUUUCUGCCAUCCUUUUUGCAUGAAAUCAUGCCUCUUUUCAAGCUAAAAUGAUUUGAUGUAAUGAGAUGUACUUCUUCUUGCUUUUUAUUUAUCAAUAAAAGGAAAAAAGAAAAAGAAAAACAGAUUGGUCCUUUUUUCAGAGUGCCAAGCAUAUCUAAAAGAUGCCAAAUUUAGAUGUCAUUCAAAUUGUGAGAACUGAGGAUUAUAAAUUUAUUACUAAGAG